AUGCGUGGACUUUGCUACUUGAUCCUGCCUAUUCUCUCCCGAGUAUUCGGUGGAAGCGUUGUGGGCAUCAUCGGCCAUAAUGUGAGUCUACCGUGCAGCUACGAUGCCCUGGCUUAUGGAUCUUUGAGAUUUUGUUGGGGCAAAGGCAAAGUACCUGUGUUCAAAUGCUCAAACACUAUAGUGUCCUGGGACGAUGGAGUGACAGAAAACCAGAAGGGUCCUCGGUUCCAGCUGAGGGGGGACGUAGAUUUUGGAGACGCGUCACUGACCAUUGUGAACGUGGAUUGGAGUGAUGCUGGCGUGUACGGCUGCCGGGUGCAAGUGCCCGGAAUGUUCAAUGAUCUCAAAGUCAAUAUUCGCCUGUUGGUAGAGCCAGCUCCAGACAGACCAGCAGAGAGCGACCCCUGCACAGCUACACAAGCAAUGGCCUCAACUUCUCAAUUUGAGGGUACACAAGAAGCGCAAGUUUUGAGAAUUAUCACUGUGAAGGAAUUUGAUCUCUUCAGUUUUCUGGGAGUGGGAAACAUUGGCAGAUUGGCAGCGGUUUUUCUCGUCACCAUAAUCCUAAUCCUCGCCUUUAUUUUCUGGAGAAGACUGCUGCCUACAAAAACGACAGAGAAUAUUGAGACCUCAGCGCAGGAGAAUAUCUAUGAAAGUAUUCCAAUGCAUUAG